CGGGUGUUUCGGGUUAUCGCCGCAUCCGACGACGCACAUGCUGGGCCGAUGGGAUCUCGCGGGCUGGCUCUACGUCGUGUGGUCCACCGCGUGGAGCGUCUACGGCCUCAUUCUCUUCUUCCCAUGGACCCAAAACGACUUGUACUGGCCCGGUUUUGACAACGUCUACCCGUUGUUCCAGUCCAUUUUGAACACGCAGCUCGCGCUGCUGCCGAAUGCAACGCUCGACAUUAGAGACAUUGCGGCGCCACGCUACCGCGUCUACGACCGAUUGGCGACCGGCGUCUCGCCCGUCUACCCGAGGUACCUCGUGUACCAAGAGCUCACGAGCCCACAGACGGCGAUUCCGAGCUUGCGCCGCAUGGAUCCAGGCUACCUCAACUACAUGAUCACGCCGUACUGUUGGGUCGACUUGAACCGGCGCUGGUCCAUCGCGCAUACGAGCAAGCGCCUCGAGCGUUGUCGCUUGAGCGAUACCGACAAUGCUGCCGUGUACCUCGAGGCCGUCCUGCGCAAUACGCGUCUUGACGUGUGGCUGGGUCAAAAUUACGACAGCUUUUACAACAAAAUUGCGGCGGGUGUGACAGACCUCGGUGGCGCCAGUUGGGUCGCGGCGAUCGUCGACCACCAAUGGCUCUCGAUCGCCGACGAACUCGAUGUCUGGUAUCGUCGCGGUCUGGUGCGUUUCGAGCUUCAGUACGGGAACCGCGUCCAGAUCGGGCUGGACGACCAGAUCCAGAUUCACACGGCGCUCGGCACGACGUUUGCGUAUCCCAUCCAAGCGAUUCCGGCACUGAACCGAGGGCCGUCGUGGACGUCGUCGUACAUGUACAUGGCGCUCUUCAAUGACUUUAACGCGCUCAGCUCCAACCAGUCGCUCGUCCUCAACAGCGCUCUGUGGUUUGGCGCCAACGGCAACCGCCAACUGGAGAGCUACGAUGUCGGAUUGCCUCUCAACCGCGUGUUUCAAUUGGUCCACGACGCCGUCGGCGCGCUCGACGACAUUGACCUGCGCUGGGUCCGCGUGCCCGACGAUCUCCGCGUCGCGGUCACCACGUUCCAAGCUCACCUGUUUGAAGCUUUGGAAAACGCAGACGUGGCGCGCGCGGUGGACGAUCUGUCGACACUUCCGCUCGCCACCGUUCCGACGCAGUGGCAAGACCCGUCGCUGUGCUUUCUUGGCGGCAACCCCAUGUGCAGCUACGGCGCGCCGCUCCCAUUUCCGCAGCGGUCCUUUGCCUUCGAUGACGCGUGCGGGACGCAAGCUCCGAUUCUCGAUGUGUGGACUCCGUUCAAUGGCCUUUUUGCCCAUAUGAUGCUGGGCGGCGACGCGUCACGUGUCUGUGCCCACGUGCCGUCGGCCACCGCGGCCUGCGUGCGGCAGCUGGACGCCACGGCACGGGCGUACCGCCUGCUUCUCACCACGACAAUGAAUCGAACGGUGCUGGACGCAGCGGCGCAGGCGGUGUUGCCACUGCACUUGUCGGUGAUGCAAUUUGUCCUCGACGCAAACGACACUUUGUACAUUGACCAUAUUGACCUAUUGCAUGGUGACUUUACCUUUUUUGGCUGGCUGCGCGUCUACGAUUGGGCGACGCUGCAGCGCGAAGCCAUUCGCUUUGAGGGGGACCACGACGCCAUGACGCUUUUGUCGUAUACCUACGCGCUGCUACCGAGCGCCUCAAAUGGCCUGUUGUACAGCGCGAGUUGGUAUCUCUGGUUCGUCUCGAGCACAGUGUCGCUCGUUCUCUGCCUCGUGGCGCUACUGGCGACAAUGCUCUGGCUGCUGACGCGCACCGCGCACGCGCAGUGGACGGUCUUUAACCGCAUUGUGCCGGCUAUCUGGCUCAACCGCAGCGCCCUUGUCGUACGCAGCAUCACGGCGGUCUUGGCCUUGUCGACGGCCUCGGUGCAGCCGCGCACCAACCACGGGGCCACGCAAUUGCAAGUGGACCAGCAUGACCUGUUGGUGACGCUCGUUCUUGCGAGCGAAGCCACGUGGUUUGGCUACGCGUGCCAUGACCUCCUUCAUCCGCUCACGACGCCAUUCACGCGCGCAUAUGCGCCGCUGAGCUUUGCGCUUUCGUGGGCCAGUCUCAUAAUGUUGGACACUUUUGCGCCCAUCACAGCGUCCAUUCAUCUCGAACGACACUGCUCCUUGGUCAACAUGGACUGGCAAGUCUACUGUACGAGUGCAAGUGUUCAAAUUGGGUCCCCACUGCGUACACUCACCAUCUUUGGAGUGCAACUGGUAUCAAUCGUCCUUGCGUAUACGGUGUCACGUUGGCAUGCGUCGAUGGCCGUCGCUCCGAGCAGUGCUCUUGGCGCACCACCCCUCUUGUACCACUCGUCGGUCGUGGCGUUUGCGAGCUUGGAUGACAGCGGCCGCCUCGAUGUUGUCACCGCCGCCAUGGCGGGUCUCUUGAGCCUGCCGCGCAAUCGGUAUUUUCACGUCAACUUGUGGCGCUCUGUCCACCGCCCGUCGCUUUGCUUGCCGCCACUACCAGUCACUUCGUUAGCCACGUCUCGCAGUUCCGAAGGCCCUUUGUUGCAAAUGUUCUUUGAAAAGGCGCGCUGGAUCACGCUUGGGGGCUGCGUCGUGUACAUUCUAGCGACGUUGACAAGCAAUGUGCUCUACUACUCGGUCGUCGCCAAUGACCUUAGCAAUGACUAUGGCUGGGCGGGCUUCAACAGCUCCGGCGCACAAGCGUUCGUGGCCAAUGUGUUCAAUCGGCAACUCAUGUUGACGACGCAAGAGCCUGCGUUUGCACUCGACAGUCCUGGUCAUGGCGACAUGAGUCAGCUCUACAAUUCGUCGACGACGGUCAUUCUAUGGGCCGAGUCGAGUGCCCGUCGCCAGCUGUACUCGGAUGCAUCCUUGGAUGUAGCGGUUGCAAACCUGCGGCGCAUGCAUCCGUGCCAACUUCCGUGGAUGUUUACGCAGUACUGCUGGCUCGACAUGAGCCAGACGUGGGAGAUGGCGGCCACCGCGUCCCGUCAAGCGCGCUGUGCGAGGAGCAUGGCGUCAAAUGGCGCCGUGUACCUCGAGAUAGGUCUGCGGAACCUCAACAACUGGACGACUUGGGACACUUGCUGGGGCGACUCGUGGCAGCUUGGCUUUGUAAAGUACUUGGAAAUGUCCGGUGACGGACAACAAUGGCUCGAGAGCAUCUCAAGCGCGGCCCUCUCCAUUGAGGACGAAGUCCGCUUCUGGGAGUCCCAUGCGAUCUCGACCUUUCAGCUGCAGUGGCAAAACUACAAGACGCCGGGCAUGGACGACAGCAUUUGGAUUCAGAGUGCACUGGGCGUAACCUACUCGCUUCAGCUCAGUGAAUUCGUCGGCCACUACCAUCCGAGUCAACAGACAUCGUUCAAAAUGUAUUGGUCGCUGGCCAGCGACCUCUGGGCCAUUACUACCAACACGUCUGGUAUCGGGGGCGCCAGUUUGCUUCGGAGCAGCUCCCUCUUUGCGUUCGUGAACGUGUCGACGACCUCGGUGCUUGUGCAAAAUACCACCUUGUCCCUUCCGCUCACAUCUGGGUUUUCCCUCUUAACAAAAGCGGUCGGGCCCUUUGGCGCCAUCGAUCUCGCCUACGUCCUGCCCCCGAAAAGCCUCCUAGUGUUCUACGACGGCGUUGUCCACAAUUUGACGCGCCUUGUCGUGACCGACCGUGACGCACAGGCAGCUUUCGUCGAUCUCACGCUCCAGGCACAAUACCAACCCGUGCCGUACGAGGUCGUCUCCAACUCGAAUUUGCUUCUCGGUGGCGGCAACAUCUUUUGUGGUAAUGACGUGGCCCCUUGGCCGGCUGCCAAUGGCAUGUACGUCGGCUUUAGCGUCACCAACAUGUGUCACUCGGUGUUCACGGGGUAUCUCAUGCCCACGCGCGCGUCCGAGCUCUUCAGUCUUCUUGGCGCCAACAGCACGGAUGCCGACCUCGAUGGUAUCUGCUACUUGGACACGAUGCGGCCGUCGCAGUGCACCACGCAGCGACUGAAAGCGAUGGCCUUUUUAAUGACCUACAACGCCACGUUUGCAUCCACACCGGUUCUUCGCGCGUCGGCGGCUGCCGACAUUGACGCGCUCGGCGUCUCGAUGCUCCAGUAUCUGUUCGAUACAGCGACCAAUACGACGCUCCAGCGGUUCUAUCGACUUGACGACCGGCACGAUCGCGCGUGGUCGUUCUACGGGUGGGGCUUCCUCUACGAGUGGGCUGCUGGGACGCGGGAAGUGCUCUCGCUUCGCGGUGACGCAGGGCGCAUCACGGCCAUCUCGUCGGCGACACCGGUGCUCAGCAUGGUACCAAAUCCAAACGCGAUUCCAUCGAGCUUUUCCUCCUUGUCGGGCUACUGCGUCCAGUACAUCACAAUCGUCCUCAUUCUCGUGAGCGCUUCGCUUGUGCUCUCUGUCGCGUACCGCCGCGGCCACGUCGAGUGCCUCAACCUCCUCUGCGUCAACCGUAUUGUCGGUAUGGUCUGGCUUGGCCGCCCGUUCGUGCUGGUCCGCAGCCUCUCGGCAAUCUGGCUCCUCAACACGAGCCCGCUUACGCUUGUGCAAGCGGGUGUCGCCACGUACUUUACGUCUCCGCCAUUAGCGUGGUACACCACCCUCCUCGCCACGUCCGAAAUGACGUGGCUUGUCUACGUCCUCAACGACCUCUUUUCGUGCGUCUCGCAGCAGUACACGUUGCUCUAUGCGUCCAAAAGCUCGAGUUUUACGUGGGUUGUCUCGUUUGUGUGGACGCUGCAGUCCCCGCAGCUGUACGCUGCGACGAUCCACCGACGCUGUGUUGCCACCGACAUGGACCUCCAGCUCACUUGCGUGAGUGGCGUCAUCGCUGUCGGCAGCCUCGACCGCCUCGGGCACUCGAUGGCCCUCAUCUGCAGCUGCGUAUUGAGUACAUACGUUGUACAGCGGCUGCGGUUCCCACAUUGGCCGCCGCGUGAGAUUCCUUCUGUCGUCCUCAACGCGCAGAGCUACUACUUGAUGCGACUGCACGCGGUCGACGGCGCCCUUUUGCUCGACAAGACGUCGGCGAUCAUGGCCGGGCUCUUAUCGUACGAGUUUCAAGGCCGCGUCUACUUGAUGGACAUCAAGAGCUGGCGCCUGUGGCACGGACCGACGACACUGGACGCCCAUCGGCGCGCGUCGCACGUCUUGCCCCGUCUCGAAUGACGUCAUCCCCAUUGUUCUAUAGCUACUGCGCACCAAAGCGUGUACGGUCCACACGUGCCACUGCGAUAGUAGCACAUAUGAACUGUAAACGAGUCGACAACGUGAGUCGUGAGACGACCGGUGUGCAAACGAAACCGCCAUUGCGAUGGGACAAGCAACCGGUUCAAGCACGUGUUUCUGGUCCCGUCGCAUAAAACGAAGCUAUAAAAGUAUUAUAUACAGUCACUACGCUAUUUC